AAGGUCAUGUGAUCAAAAGAGCGCGUCUGCUUAACCCCAAAUCCAACACCACAAUGAGUGUCAAAAUAAACUAGAUUAAAUUUGUAAACAAUACCUUUGUAUUGCAAAUCUAAUUUAGCUUAUAAGACUUUAAAGCUUCGUACUAAAUGGGUAAAACGAAGUGUGAAGUUCUCCACGCAGAUGUCGAAAAACAAGAGUUUUAUGAACAAAGGUUCAACUGUGUUGUCUGCUUGGAGCCAAAACUUGAAAUGGUGUAUGGAAAUUGCCAACACAAGCUGUGUACAGAUUGUCUCUAUGUGAACAAAAUUUUGAGGUCUAACAUGCACAAAUGUCCCAUCUGUGGGCGGAUUAACAGCUUUCCAUUAAUAUUACCAGACAUUCCUGAUGACAAUAUAGAGAACCAAAAAUGCCUUGGAAUAACACAAUGUUGUCAUAGAGACAGAGGAUGCACAGUUACACUUUGGAAGUGGGAACUAGAGGAUCACCUCAAAACUUGUCAAGGUCAAAGUGAGGACAUUGUUUGUGCCAAGAGGAAGAAAAAAAGUCCAGUCAAGCUGAGAGUCAGACGGAAGCUACUCAGCGAUCCAGUGAGGAGAUCGCCGAGGCUUUUGAAAAAAUAACUCAGGACUGAAUUGAUUUAUAGCUCUUGUGAUACAAUUACUUAAUUGAAGGCUGGUUUCACUAAUUUAUUUCAUUGACUGAAUCAUCUUUGUUCUUCAUUUUUCAGUUUCACAUAGUUUACAUUUUAAAUUAAAAACCAUUUAAAGAAAAUGUUUCCUUUCAUUUCUAUAUGAAAAAAAAAUUUUUUUUUUUUUUUUUUUUUUCUUUUACACCUCUCCACAUGAUUUUACUUUUUGGUUUGACUAUCUGUUUAUAAUUGUGUGGAGUACAGUUUCCCUGUUUAAUUUGACAAUCUGUUGGUUCGCUUCAUUUUUCAUUGAACAGCGUUCAUAUUUUGUCACGUACAAUGUACCAUUGCAUUUUUUUUUCAAGACUUGUCUGUUGUACAUUAUCAUAUCUCAGGAAACUUGUUAUGAGUCUUAUUGAAUGUGAUGGUAAAUGGGUUGUACAUCUCCGUUUGGCUGGGAAUCCUUGAUGAACUUGACAGUAUAUCCCAGUGAUGCCCAACCCCAUUCGGCCUGCAUGCCAUUUUAAUUUUCAACACUCGUCUCGCGGGCCACAUGACUGAAAAGUUACACAAAUUACAUGACAUUGUUCUGAAACUAUUUUACCAGAACCCCCUGAAUUUAGUACUACUACAUUCAUGUCAUAUUUGACGAUUAUAUUUUUUCAGGCGUCAGAAUGGCUUCAUUUCUCUACUUAAAAUGUUAGCAGCAGUGUAAGUGCCUUUAAAACCGACUCAUUUUCUAGUUUCUUUUUGGUGAAUAUUCCCAUCGAUCCUCCAAUCUCUAGUUGUAGUUAAUCUUUUAUUCGUGGUUCAAACCAAGUAUGCCCCAUAUUUAUUUUAUAAUGCCAAUAUAUAUGUUGUUGAUUUUUAAACAGCUACACUUUCUUUUUAAAACAAAGAUGUUGGCUUAUUAUCAAGUUCCACAAAAAAAAAAGUAAAGAUCUGCCCACUUUUCCUGGUAGAUUCUACAUUCAGAGUCCCUGUUCAAAAACCCACAAACGUUAAAGGUCAUGGUAUCAAUCAGAAAAAAAAUAUGUGAGUCCUAAAGUAGGUAAAGAUACAUUUUUUAAUUUAGUUUGAGCCAGGUGGAACCACAUCGCGGGCUGGAUCUGGCCUGCAGGCCAUAUUUUGGGCAUCACUGGUAUCUCCAAUAUCUAGACCAAUUUCUGUUUAAUCGAACCAGAGAAUCUUUUCUGUGUGUAAAACUGUGUUUAUAUGUUAUGGAAACAGAUGUAUGUUUACUGAAUAGAUAAAGGUUACUUUAUAGCUGCUUAAUGCUGAGAUAAAAUGUUUCAUCUGCUUUUGAAAUAAAAGAAUAUAACAAUUCACUGUAACUUGUAAGGCAUAUCUAUAAUGCAUUUUAGUUGCUAUCUCAAAGAUGCUGUACUAGUCAAUUUAUAACUAGCUAAAAUAUAGUCAGUUUAUAACUAGAUUAAAUAUACUCAGUUUAUGACUAAAUAAAAUAUAGUCAGUUUAUAACUAGAUAAAAUAUUGACCUAACUUAGAGGUACCAGUAUACUUUUGACAUUGGUGUCAGAUCCCAAGGAAAGAUCUUGUACUUAACAUGGCUGCAGAGAUGCAGUGGUAUAUAUAAUUCGACAAGUUAUGUACUUAUGGUAUCGCCUUCAGAUCCCAAGGAAAGAUUUAGUAUAGCUGCAAAGAUUCUUCUACUGCGCAACGAUACAAAUGAUUCACAGUCUGGUGUCUAGCAUUGUACAUUAUCAUUUAAUAAUGUCAUUUUAUGUAUUUAUUUUGAUUAAUAUUCUGAGCCAUUUCAUUUUGUAAGUAAAUCUGGACUGUUUAUAAAUCAUACAAUCAUCCCCCUGUGCUGAUAUUGCCAGGUUUCUAUGCAAUAGCUUGCAUUACAUUGGAGUCAUUAUUAUGUUUAAAUUUGUGUUCUUUAAUUUAAGCAUUGUCUCUUGUUAGAAACUCAAGGAGCCUGGUUGGCCUUUUUUUUUCUAUUAUUCAGUUAAGUUUGUUAAACAUUAGAAUUUAUAUUUGUUUCAGGUUCAUAUUGAUCAUAACAGAAAUAUUGAACAGUAUUAAUACAAUGAUUAAAUGAUUUGAAAGAA